UGGUAGAGUCCAAACUGGAAUUGCCUUUUAUUUCUUUCCGUUUUCCUUAAAAGAAAAACAACAACAUCGCUACAACUUCUUUUUUUCUGUAUCGACUAAAGGACGAUUGACUGUCACGAUUAAGUUGGCUUAGAUCUCAAAAAGGGUCUUAAUUUAUUUGAAAUGUUUUGAAAAGGCUAACCAAUCUGGCUUUCUGUCCGCCCCCCUUGUCGUUGCUGAGUCCUACUUUCUGGUACUUCCUUAUUCGAAAGUUUUAUUUAGGGGAAAGCUUUGGAGGGAAAAGUUAGACUCUCGGUUGGGCAUUAGUUCACUGUAAAAGCAUGUAUCGUAUGCGUCUUACAUUUCUAGCGUGGCUUUAGUGUUGUUUCAUGGCUGAAAUUAUUGGAAGCUACCAACCGUGAAAGGCUCGACAAGAGGAAGAUGUCCACUGCUAACGUUAGCGAAGACUUCAGAGUGAAGUUUCCCCUGCAUGUCGCAGUGUGGGACAAUGAUUACAGGGGACUGGAGGAGCAAAUACGGCUGCUACGGAACGACAUUGACAGUGUUGAUCCCAGAGGUAGAACAGCAUUACACCUGGCCGUGUCACUGGGACACCUGGAGUCAGUGAGAGUCCUCCUCAGACAUGGUGCUGCAGUCACUAAAGAAAACGCCAACAGCUGGACAGUGUUGCAGGAAGCUGUGAGCACUGGAGAUCCAGAGAUGGUCCAGUUGGUCCUUCAGCGCAGGGAUUACCUCAAAGCCUCCACUGCUUUGGGGGGAGUUCCUGAGCUCCUGUCAAAGAUCCGAAAGUCUCCAGACUUCUAUAUGGAAAUGAAGUGGGAAUUCACCAGCUGGAUUCCUCUUGUAUCCCGAGUUUGUCCGAGCGACGUCUGCCGCAUAUGGAAAAGUGGUGCCUGCCUGCGAGUGGACGCCACUCUCCUUGGCUUUGAAAACAUGACGUGGAUCAGAGGUCGUAGGAGCUACAUCUUCAGAGGAGAUGAUUCGUGUGCAGAGCUGAUGGAAAUAAACCACGACGAUCAAGUGGUCGAUGUUGAGCGCUUUAACAUAUCUCAAGAAAUGGAAGACGUGACAUUGGAAUCGAUGCAGCCCGCAGAGCAGGAAGUUGCCAAAAGGCUGACCACGCCUAUUGUCAACACAUACCUGGAUACGAAGGACAUUGCCUUUGAGAGGUCCAAGUCUGGGAUCUGGGGCUGGAGGACGGACAAAACAGAAGCGGUCAAUGGAUUUGAAGCGAAGGUUUUCACUGUCAACAAUGUCAACGUGGUGAUCAGAACAAGAACAGAGCAUCUAACAGAUGAGGAGAAGGCCAGAAUUAAAAGUGAAAGAAAUGUUCUGGAAUCCCUGCUGGGAACUGUGGAGCAACACAUCAGUGCACAGGGGGACUUGACUCUUGAAUAUGCAACUGCCACAAAUCCCACUGCAAUCACUCCAGAGGAGUAUUUUAAUCCAGAGUUUGACCUGGGAAACAGAGACAUCGGCCGUCCCAUAGAGCUGAGCAUUCGGACACAAAAGUUCAAAGGUACCCUCUGGAUGAGUGAGGAGCAUCCUCUGUCCCUGGUGGAGCAGGUGACCCCCAUCAUUGACCUCAUGGCUCGAACCAGUUCCCAUUUUGCACGUCUACGAGACUUUGUUACCCUGAAAUUUCCCCCUGGAUUUCCUGUUAAAAUAGAGAUUCCUUUGUUUCAUGUACUGAAUGCCAGAAUUACAUUUGGCAAUGUAAAUAAAUGCAGCACUGAAGAAGAAGUGACCACAACACCAGCAGCCACACCCACAUCCUCAGGAGAAGAGGACACAGCAGCAGCAGCAGAGCCUCCUCUGUUUCGAGUGUGUCCCUCAGUGUUUGAGGUACCUGCAAAUUAUCACCGCCGGGGGGGCAACCGCCACCACAUGCAAGUGUCCAACAACGACGAGGAGCUUUUGCAGUACGCCAUCCAUCAGAGUCUGCUGGAAUCUCAAGGCCAGCAGGGGAUCUGGGGUGUUGCUGACAGGGAUUUUGUGGAUGUCUUGCCAAGCAACCCGGAUGACAGGAGCGUCCCAGAAGGCAUGCUGGUAGACAUUGCCAACAGCUCCAGCUCCCCCUCUGCCUCCAGCCCCGACUCUGACCUUCACCUGGCGCUGGAGCUCUCAGCACAAGCUCAGCAGGAGGAGGAGAGGAUGAGAAAGCAGGAGGAAGAGGAGCUGGAGAGGAUUUUACAGCUGUCGCUCACGGACAAGUAAAAGGAACUAAAGGGAAAAACGGUCCAACUCUUCCACAUGCAGCAAAAAACGCCACACCUCAGUUUUCCUCUCUAACCAACUUACUUCUAUGCAAUGCAGAUUUCUUUCUGCAGCAGAUCCAUUAUUUUCCAAUAAGUAUUUUUGGAUAAAUAUAAACUUUUCUAUAUUUCUAUCCUGGCAUAUCCUGUUUUAGAGCUUUUUGAGUGCAGCCUUUCAUUCUUGCACCACCAGUCAUUCUUAUUGUUUUCUGGGGGUGAUUUUACAUUAAUGCAACUAAAGUUCUAUGAACACAUAAAGUUGGAUUACAGCAGGUAACGGCGCUCCGAUGGUGCUCUUAAAUCAUAAGAACUUCCUGUCCUUUUCCUUUUAUCAGAACUUUUCACCUCUGAUUUUGUACGCUGGGUUGAAAACAGGAAACUCACUGCAAGCACUGCAGAGCCACAAGGACAGAUUUUAAGGGGUUUUUGUUUUAAAUGAAGUCUUUCUGCAGAGUCUCUAUUUUGAGCAUCACAGAUUAAGAGCAUUCUCAGGGUUUCUGCUUUCCCUUUAAUUGGAAUCAACGUGUUUAUUGUUCAACUGUUGUUUAAAAAAAAAAGUUGUAACCUGGUAAGUUUAUUUAUGGUGUGAAAUGGUACCGACCAUGCAUAUCUGUCCCUGUGUUACGUUUUUAAUUCAAGAAGUUGGGAACAUUUGUGAACACAUUUCCGUGUACUGCAGAGGAUACAAAUGGGGAAACUAAAGCAUGAAGCUGUGAGAGAUUAAAAAAAGAUGCAUGGUGAUGUAUUUCUGCUGCAACAAGGAUAGGAGUUUUGCUAACUGGGCCUGUUUUAGUCAUUUCUCUCGAUUUUUUUAUAUAAACUGUCACUGAGCAGCUUCACCUCAAUAGAGGAAACAAAAAAGCUAUAUCUAAGACCGUCUGUCUGUGGACUGUGAUGCACCACUAACUGCUGUACCAGAGAUUAUUGAAGUCUGUACAGAUACUUUGCCUUCUGUAGCAGCAAACAACUCAACACCUCCUAAAUGGAAGGAAAGACUCCCAAGAUCAAGCUUGCUUAGCAGUAACUUCUGAAUUGUGUGCCAAGGAUUGCUUAGCUGUGAACAUGCCCGAUGGAGUCACUGUGGUGACAGUUUUAUCGAGUGCCACUUAAAACAAACUUUUUUUUUUUUUUACUUUCCAGAUUUUGUCUUUCUCUGGUCCCACGUGCACCAGAGUCUGAAAAACAUUCAUUAACCACUAAAGUUGAUUUUACUGACAGCCAACCACUUUUUUAAGGUCUCUGGCUUCACGGCUCAUUCUAAAGUUGCCAAACUGCUGAACAGUCGUAACAAUGGCUAACUAAGGGUAAUCUAUUGCAAGUGUUUGAACACUGAGCAGCUUUUAAAAUAAGAGAUGUAUGUUUAAUGAGCGAAUGUGUCUGAAAAUGUUCUAAAAAUAAAAGCACUUUAUUUCCAUGAAGACUA